GGUUCAUCUCGAAAAGACAUGAACGUACUCGGCCGCAUUGCCUUCUUCUUGUUGCUCGGGGGGAUUUGGGCUCAGAACAACCGGAAUGCCAAAGCAGGUGGCAAAUCUUCGAAGAGGACUGGUGGGAUCCAAGCAGGUGAUGCUGGCCAGUCGGCCCCUGCUGCUGAUGUUCCUGCUGGGAGCAGCAGGAGCACCGGAGGGCCCGCUGAGUCAGGACAGGAAGGCGCUGCAGGAGCCCGAGCAGCUGGACAACAGACGGACGACAUGAGGCUCCACUUCCUUAGGAACGUCCAAGUCACGUGCAACGAUGGAACUGCAGCCGGAUUCUACCUAAAGGAGUUCAGAGGAAGCCGCAGGUGGCUGUUAUUUCUGGAAGGAGGUUGGUGCUGCUACAGCAAAGAGACCUGUGAUUCCAGGUACCAAAAUAUCCCCCGACUCAUGAGCUCGACGGGGUGGCCCCAGACUAGAAGAGGAACUGGAUUAUUGUCGUCUCAAGCAGAGGAAAACCCACACUGGUACAAUGCAAACAUCGUAUUCAUCCCGUACUGUUCCAGUGAUGUGUGGAGCGGAACGGGACCUGCUCCAACCCCCGCUCCGAGGACACGGCAGGGAAGGGAGAAAGUGAGGGAAAGAAACUCAAAUACGACUGAGUAUACUUUCAUGGGUUCCCUUAUUAUCCGUGAGGUCAUCAAAGAUCUCAUCCCCAAAGGUAUCAAGCUGGCCAAGGUUGUCCUGCUUUCUGGUACCAGCGCUGGAGGGACAGGUGUCCUGCUGAACAUCGAGAGGGUUGCCAGUCAGCUGGAGCAGCUCGGUGCCGAAGCUCAGGUUCGAGGUCUCGUAGAUUCUGGCUGGUUUCUGGAGAGCAAGCAGCAGAGAUCUCCAAACUGCCCCGAGACCGUUUCCUGCUCGCCUGAAGACGCUAUCAAGAUAGGCCUCAGGCUGUGGAACGGAGCUGUGCCUGAUCGAUGCUGGCAGCUUUACAAGAGAGGGGAGGAAUGGCAGUGCUUCUUCGGUCACAGACUUUACUCCACCUUAACUUCUCCUCUGUUCAUCGUUCAGUGGCUGUUUGAUGAGGAGCAGCUGAGAGGAGAAAACAUCUACCUGGGGGGUCAGAGUCUGUCUGAAGAGCAGUGGCAGUACAUGCAGAACCUGGGCUUGGAGCUCAAAAACUCCCUGAGAGACGUCACGGCGGUGUUUGCUCCAUCUUGCCUUUCUCACACAGUUAUUACCAAAAGCAACUGGAUAAGUUUCCAAGUUAAAGGCGUCAGUCUACCUCGAGCCCUGCACUGCUGGGACAGAAGUCUGGAGGCAACACGCAACAACAGAACUCCUGCUAAAGGCUGUCCUUUCCACCUGGUGGACACCUGCCAGUGGCCUCAGUGCAACCCCACCUGCCCAGCUUUGGUGGACCGGGCCACCCAGCAGGAGCUUACUUUGCUCCAGAUGCUGGUGGCCAUGGGCCUUGACCCCCAGAGGCUCGGCCUGGAUCCCCAGGGAGAUGCGGAUUCUCUGGUCAGCAUGGUCAGUAAUGGUGGCUAA